AUGUCCUCGGAUGCUUCAAGACAAGUGCGGUCCCAGCUUACAGGAAGCUGGGAGCUUAUUGAAUACAGCUUGCAACUUGCGACGGACCCAUCAAACAAAUUGUACCCGAUGACUGCCCACGUCAAGGGGAUUAUACUCUACACCGAAGACGGGUACAUGUCGGCACAACUGCACAUUCCGGGCCAGAAGCCUUUUGAAGGCGAACAACCCUUUGAGCGCUCUGUUAGUGCUGAGGAAGCGGCGGCCGCCGAGGCCGAAUGGGCCAAGGUCGGACGGAACUACGUGGCCUACACGGGGGAAUUCUAUAUUGACGUCGACAACCAACAACCUGUCAUCAAACACCACAUGCGAUGCGCCAGCUUACCUUACAUGGUGACGGACGUGCAAGAGAGAACCUUCCAGUUUGAAGAUAGGAGUGAUGGGAACAGGUAUUUGGUCCUUGGACUCCCGCAACCAAUCAAGGUGCGAGGCGAGACCAGAAAUGUCUUCGUGCUUUGGAAGCGGUUGCCCUUCAACGAGCGCGCUGAGCCGGAUCUGGCACGGAAAUGGUGA